AUGACUAACGAAGAAUUGUUGCAAUCUCAAAUUAAGAAGCUCGCCGUACUGAAAUCUACACGGGAAAAGUUAUUUGCUCAAGUUCAAAACUGUUAUGACUCCGUGAAGAGAACCACCGUUGAUACAGCUCUUCAGUUCAAGCCUCGGUACGAAAAACUAGAGGUUAUUGAGAUAGAAAUGGAUAAGACUCAGAAUGCAAUUAUUCAGCUAAAUGCAGAUUUAUUGGAUAAUCGCCAUGCUCUCGAAGUCUGUAAGGUGCAAACAGCUUUCGAUGAUUUAGUAUUUAACACACGUGGUCGUUAUUUAGACCUGGUGAAGACACAACCUCCGCAGCAAACCAGCAGUAAUUCGGUCGCCAACAGCAACCAGCAUUUGCCCAGAAUAAAUAUCCCUACGUUCACCGGUCGCAUCGAAGAAUGGUCGGCGUUUUUCUCACUGUUCGAUUCGGUUGUCCACAAAAACGAUGCGUUAUCAGAAGCUGAAAAAUUCCAGUAUUUGCGCUCUUAUCUGCGAGAUGACGCAUUAACAGUCAUUGCCAAUUUUCAUUUAACCCCCGAAAAUUACGCACUGGCGUAUGAGGCAUUGCAACUUCGCUACCAGAAUAAAAGACGGUUGGCGACUCACUACGUCAAUCAAAUUCUAGGUUUUACUCCUUUAUCAUCCCCAAGUUCUAGCAGUUUGAGACAUUUUUUGAAUAUUCAUUCGAAUUCCAUUAAUGCUCUUAAGGCUUUGAAUCUUCAAGACCUUGGUGAUUUUUUGCUGUUUCAAUUAUCGUUUGCAAAUUUGGAUCCUGUAUCUAGAAAAGCUUUUGAGAAUAGGCAAAGUUCAAAUUCCGUUCCCAGCUAUCAGGCGUUAAUUGAUUUCAUAACGGAUCAGAAUCGAACGUACGAACUUCUCUCUCAGGACACAAAAUCACCGAAAUGUAAAUCUCUAUCAGUUAAGUCAUUUCGUGCUUCACUCAUGACAAAUGCCAAAUCCGAUGCCUACUCUACGUGCUCUGUCCCGUGCGUGCUCUGCAAAGGUUCACAUCCCUUUCCGGCAUGCAGCGAAUUUCUCCAGAAAACAAAUGAACAGAAAUAUGAUACGUUAAAGAGAUUGAGACGAUGUUUCAACUGUUUGGGUGCUCAUAAUCGAAAUGAAUGUCAAUCUCGUAAAACUUGUCGUAUUUGUCACAGCAACAAGCAUCACUCCGUGUUACACCAGGAGUCCAAGGUGGAUACCUCCGAAACUAGUACUUCUCCCUCUGUAGAGGAAAGAAAAUCUCCCGUUGUGUUUUCGUGCAAGACCUCAGCGGAGCGCAACACUGUUUUACUAGCGACUGUGACAGCCCUGAUCCAAGACUGUAAUGGAGAUUAUCACAAGAUAAGAGCUGUGGUUGAUCCCGGCUCUCAAGUAUCAGUGAUUACUUCAUCAACGGCGCAACAUUUGGGAUUAAAAAGAAGCAGAUCUCCCAUUGAAGUUACUGGCAUCGCCAGUUUUCCUGUCCGAACUCAAGGUCUCAUUCGUACCACUCUACGCUCUAGAACUCGUGCUGAUGUCGUAAACGUUCACGCUGUUGUCCUUUCGGAUAUUCCUAAUAAAUUUCCUAGUCAGACGUUACCUUCUCACAUUAAGGAUCAGUUCAGUCAUCUAACGUUAGCUGAUGAAAACUUCCAUCAAGCUGCUCGCGUUGAAUUCUUAAUUGGAGCAGAUCUAUAUCCUCACAUUUUAUGUAAUACGCAGCCUAAUGUUAUUCAAGGACAACCCUCUGCCAUUGACACAAUCUUUGGAUGGAUAAUUAUAGGCUCGAUUUCAUCUUCAACAAAUUCCCCCUUGUGUUCUCUUCUCACAUGCACCGAUUCUCUUGAUGAUACCGUUCGUAAGUUUUGGGAAACUGAGACUCUCGCUGAUAACCUUUCAGUCUCCAAUCCUGAAGAUGACUUUUGUCAAGCUCAUUUCAAGGACACGCACUAUCGCGAUCGUUCAGGCAGAUAUGUGGUAUCAAUGCCAGUCCGUGAGCAGCGCUCGCCGCUUCUCAGCAACCGAGAGACAACUCUGAACACUUAUCUCAAAAUGGAAACUCGAAUGUCUCGACGUCCUCAACUCAACGCUGCUUAUAUCACUUUUCUCCAAGAAUACCGCGAUCUCGGACAUAUGCAACUAGCCGCAAAACCUUCCGUGUACGUAAUGCCUCAUCAUUGUGUUCAAAAGGAAACUAGUUCAACUACCAAAGUGCGAGUUGUGUUUAACGGAUCCUCCCCUGACUCAAACGGGACAACGCUUAAUCAGCAACUUCUGCCCGGUCCUAAGCUACAAAAGGAUUUGAGCCACAUUCUCAUGAAUUUUCGCCUUCAUGCUAUAGCAGUCACAGCGGAUAUUCAACAGAUGUAUAGACAGAUUUGGUUGAAUCCAAAGCAACGUUAUCUCCAGCACAUAUUCUGGAGGCCAGAUCCCGCUUCUAAUGUGCAGGAGUAUGAGUUAAAAACAGUGACAUAUGGUUUAGCACCAUCAGCAUAUCUUGCUCAGCGUGUCCUUCUCCAGCUCGUCGAGGACGAAGGGCAUGAGUUCCCAUUGGCAGUACAAGCUAUCACAGAAAGCACCUAUGUGGACGAUAUUGCGCAUGGUGCCUCUACAGUUGAGGAAGCGAAGUCGCUACAGUUACAACUCGCAAACCUACUCAAUCGUGGCGGUUUCCAGCUGAGAAAAUGGGCUAGUAAUGAUCCAAUUGCUCUAGAUCAUGUUCCAGAACAGCAUCGUGAAUCUCCGUUGAAUUUCUCAAGUGACGAUCCUUCUAUUAAGAUUCUUGGAUUACGGUGGGAUCCUCGGUCUGAUACUUUCACCUAUUAUGUACAAGAAUUUGAUUCUCAAGUUACCAAGCGCACUGUUCUUUCUUAUAUCGCUCGAAUCUUUGAUCCCAUGGGGUGGUUAUCUCCAAUUGUAUUUUGGGCUAAGCAUUUUCUGCAACAGAUAUGGAUCUCUAAAGUGGGCUAUGAUGAUAUCCUGCCGCCUUCCCUAUCGGAGGCUUGGGGAAGGUUUUCUUCUCAAAUGCGGUGUCUACGCGCACUUAAAAUUCCUCGAUACAUUCUCCAAAGUUUGCCACGUUUGCUCUUGGUGGGAUUCUCGGACGCUUCCUCUAAAGGAUACUCCGCUUGCAUCUAUUUACAUGCGUAUGAUUCCAGUAGCACUUGUAGCAAUUAUCUUUUGAAGGCCAAGAACAAAGUGGCACCCCUCAAGACAUUGACUAUUCCUCGAUUGGAACUCUGUGGAGCGUUGUUAUUAUCUAGACUACUUCGUGAUGUGAUUAAAUCUCUUAAAGCCGUAAGAUUUGAAAAUGUUCAUCUCUAUACCGAUUCUCAGAUUGUCCUUGCAUGGCUCCACACCUCUCCUCAUCUUCUCAAAACCUACGUGGCCAAUCGUGUAGUUCGCAUAUUAGAGCAUACAUCUCUUCACCAAUGGGCACACACAGUGUCGAAUCAAAAUUCAGCCGACUUUGCGUCUCGAGGAUUAUUUCCCGAAGAGAUCAUGGAUUGUCAUUCCUGGUGGAAUGGACCAGAUUUUAUGCAGAAUCCGCCGUCCAAGUGGCCCGUAAGAUACGAUAAUUAUGUCGCACCCGAAGAGCUCCCUGAGCGUAAAAACGAUCCUAUAGUUUUGCGCAUUCAAGCCGACCCAGAAAAUCCUCUGUAUGAAGUUGUGUCACGAUUUUCUUCAUUGAGUAGACUACAACGCGCUUUCGCAUUUAUUCGCCGAUGGCUACUCCGAAUAAGAUGUCCCGAGAUGAAGGGUCCACUCUCAAGCGAAGAGAUGCGAUACUCGACCUUAUUGCUUGUGCGUCUCACACAGCAAAACCAUUUUCCUCUGCUCAUAGAAGAGUUGCGUUCCAAAGGUCACACCACAACUCCAUUAAAGAAGCUGUCCCCAUUCUUGGAUGCAAUGGGUAUAGUUAGGGUGGGCGGACGGCUACGACACUCCGCCCUUCCCCUAGAUGCGAAACACCCUCUGCUUUUACCUCAGAAAGCUCAUCUCUCGGCGUUAAUUUGCGACUACUAUCAUCUGUACGCUUGCCACGCUGGACCUAGAAGCGUGCAGACGCUUAUACAGCAGAAGUUCUGGAUAAUAUCGAUUCGAUCCCUCCUACGGCAGCGCAUUUUUCGCUGCAUUCGCUGUUUUAAGUUUAAAUCGAAACUUGUAUUUCCCUUCAUGGCUGAUCUACCACCAGCUCGAGUUCAACCUAGCAAACCGUUUUCCUCUGUUGGCAUUGACUUUGCCGGACCCUUCACGGUCAGGGAAAGUCGUCGACGUAAGGCCCACACAUACAAAGGGUAUCUCUGUUUAUUCAUAUGUAUGUCUACGAAAGCGGUCCAUUUAGAAAUGGUCUCGGAACUCUCCACGAAAGCCUUCUUAGCCUCGCUCAACAGAUUCACCGCACGCCGUGGUCUACCCUCUGACAUAUACUCUGAUUGCGGACGUAACUUUCUCGGCGCCGCUCGCCACCUGAGGGAGGUGAGUCAGUUUCUACGUUCGCACUCCUCUGAGAUAACGAGUUCCUUAACUUCUUUGGAGAUAAAAUGGCAUUUUAACCCUCCAGCCGCCCCCAAUUUUGGCGGCCUAUGGGAGGCUGCGAUCAAAUCCGCAAAGAGUCUCUUGUAUCGAUCAAUCGGCACCUCUCUCUUAACUUUCGAAGAGUACAGCACGCUAUUUUGUAAGAUUGAGGCGGUAUUGAACAGCCGUCCCUUAUGUGCCGUCACCUCUAACCCAGAAGACGCUGUAGAUUACCUAAGCCCUGGACAUUUCUUAGUCGGCAGACCGUUAUUGCAACCUCCUGAAGCUCCCUUGGAGGACAACUUGAAUUGUACCUGUCGGUGGCAACUACUCUCCCAGCUGUAUCAGCGGUUCUGGAAGAGGUGGUCUACGGAGUAUCUCCAUACUCAACUCCAACGUCAGAAGUGGAAUAAGGAUCAACCAAACAUUCAACCCGGCGCCAUUGUCGCAUUGUAUGGCGCAGAAACUACCCCCCUUUCAUGGCCGUUAGGACGCGUACAAGAGGUACAUCCUGGAACCGAUGGAGUCGUCCGUGUGGCCACAGUGAAAACCUCGACCGGUUUAUAUACGCGUCCGGUAAACAAGCUCGUGAUUCUCCCAACCCAAUUCUCAAUGGAGAAUUGA